AUGAAAGGAGGAAAUAAUAAGGAAAACCAACGUGAAGACCCCCAUUAUCGUUAUUUCGAUACAAAAUCCGAAUGGACCUUUUUAGGUUAUUCAAAAUAUUGUAAAGCCAAGAAUAUAUUACGUGAUUUCGCUACCGAGAAAAAAGAAUACAAAGAAAAUCUCCAACACAUUGCAGAUAAUAUACCGACAAAAAGGAAAAAGGCCUUAAGACAAAACGGUGAAGAAACAACCUCAAUUAACGGCGAAGCUCACCCAGACGACCAGCAAACUCAAGAGGAUGAAGCUCACCCAGACAACCAGCAAAUUACAGUACAAGAGGAUGAAGCUCACCCAGGCAACCAGCAAAUUUCAAAUUCACGAGAUUCAAAUGUCACCAUCGCCAACGAAGAAGAUUUCGAAAUGCUCUUUGAGGACAUUUCAGGAAAUGAUAACGGCCUAAAAACCAUUACGCUUCAACUGAAAUUUUCUCAAAAAGAUUUCUCGUCUUAUAAACGCUUAUCCCAAAUAGGGAAACUAUUUGGGAUAAGCGCUGAACGAAUAAAUGAAUUACCACGAUUAAAAAUUGAUUCAGCGGAAAAUAUGGGUUUGUAUGAUGACAUUUUAAUGUCCAUUGUACAAUAUAUCAAGAUAAUUAUGCGAACAAGCGGCACAAUUGACAAUUGUGCCAACGAGACCGAAAAAGCUGAUUUUAUUUUUACCAUCCUUCGAGGUAUUGUAUUGACGUUUGAUGAUGAUGUAAAAGUAAACAGAGAAUGUCCGUUAUCUGGUUUUAAUGGUAAGGGAAAACUGGAUUUUACCAUUCAACGGAGAACGGACAUUCUCUGUAUAAUUGAGGCUAAAAUGCAAAAUGUAGAGUAUGGAUUUUGUCAAAAUUUAAUCCAACUCCAAAGCGCAUGCGAAACAAGUCGAAAAAGUAAGUAUGACGAAUUGGAGUAUGUUUAUGGGGUUGUUACUACUGGUGAUAAGUGGUUUUUCACCGUGAUAAGCGACGAAUCAUUAAAAGAAGAUUUGAGUGCAUUGUUUUCGGUUCUUCGCGCUAUGCUUGUAGACAAGCUACAAAGCAUAGAAGAACCGGAGACAAGAUCUCAAAGAAUCACUCAAAUGUUGG